AUGGCAAUUCCUUUGCAGCUGGCGGGUGGCGAAGAUCGUGUCGGUGGUCCCGUGGUGACGUCAGAAUCCGCACUGACUUCCUGGCAGGAGGCCCUGUUCGGGAUGGCCGCUGAGACGGUUGAGGAUGAUGCGAGCGAAGAUCUUCCUGACGACUUGGAGUGGAGAGAUUCUUUUGCGGGCUACUUACCUUGUGGUCUCCUGCGGGGCUGCAGUCGGAGCCUCGUCUUGGAGAUGACGAGACGAUGA